GAAGCUUCCUCAAGACGUUGGGCUACCUACCUGUUCUACAGUUCCAGUGUUUCCAGCCUCUGUUACAAAACGCAGUCGUCUCUGCGCGUCUACAACAUUGUACAGAACGAGACGCAGGGAGACACAAGCUGGGUCCAGACGACUCAAGACCAGUUUCAAGUUUUCAAGACCAUGUGGCUGCUGUCUUAACUGAAACUCGGAUUGCAAAAAUUAUGCUACCGUAUUUUAGAGACAAAUCGAGGCAAAGUCUACAGAGGAAUAGAGCGCCGUCACCUUUGGAUUGUUUUCAUCUGUUAAGUGCUUCUUAACUCAUUUCGCACGCGCACGUCCAUGAUCGGAGAGGUUGUCCAAGUCAGAAAAGAUGGCAAAAGGUGGCGGAGGCAGGAGGUUCCUUCAAUGUCAUCUGCCCAGUGUCACCUGAGAACAUGGAGGGUGACGUUAUGGGUGCUAGCCUCCCUGCUAGCCCUAGUUGAUGGAUCUGUUGCUGGGAGGGACAGAAAGGAGUCUUUGCCAGCCGUGCAAAGAAGCUCAGAGAGAAUGGCAUGGCAUCCAGCCAAUGACCCGCAGGCACAGGAAGAGGAGGAGACUGAUGACCGCACUUCCUGGGCCACGCUAUUUGAAAGUCCCUCACUUCUGGAGGAGGCCGAGGAUCACCAAAGACGAUGGCAGCGUUCCCCCUCCGACACGACAUCCCAGCGUCCGCAGAAGAACCGCCGCAAGAAGGAAAAGGGCCAAAAGCAAAGGGGGAAGGGGGAAAAAGGCCGGAGGGGGAAAAGCAAAGAGAGUUCAGACUGCCGCAUGGAGAGGAAGGAGGUGAAGGUGCGUGACCUGGACUUCGCCUACGACUCGGACGAGAUUGUGGUCUUCAAGUACUGCGUUGGCACGUGCUUAAGCGCACGCAAGAACUAUGACCUGGCCCUUAAAACCCUGAUGAAGAACGGCAGCAUACCGAGCCACAUGGUGGGCUCCGACCCAUGCUGUCGGCCCACUCAGUACGAGACGGUGUCCUUCAUGGACAGGCAGACCUCCUGGAGGACCAUCAAGCACCUGUCCGCCGCCAACUGCAGUUGUGUGUGAUGAGAGGGAGAGGGAGAGACAGGCAGCCGGAUGACCGGCUAAUCGGAAGUUAUCGGAAUCAGAAGCUCCAGAAACAAGAGGAAACUGGAGAACGGGAGGUCUGAGAUGACUAGACAGAUGGCGUGGAACGCGGUGCGGACAUUAGGGAAGUCCACUGUCUCAUUGACGUGAUGGGGUGCGACGUGAAAGUCCCUGAUUCUCCAAACAUGGGGGCAUCGCACUCAGGUUGAGUGGUGAUGCCGCGCGAGGCAAUGUGGACAUAAAGGAAACAAUGCUGCUAGCCAUAAUGACACCCAAAGGCUUUCUGUUCGACCACAGGCCCGGGCCUUCACGCGUCAUAAGGCCUUCAGCCUGAAAGGGAAGGUAACACAGAGUAACCGGCUGUGUGAACACGGAGCUCUGGUAUAGGACAUUGGUCAUCACUUUGUUUGUUUGUUUUUGACAGUCUUCAUGUGCCUUUAGCAUGACAUAGAGCUACAAAAUGAUUCUCUUGUUCCUGACAUGUCCGCUGCCAUUAAGUUAAACAAGGAGAGAAAAACUGCGGGCAUGCAGACAUUGAAUUUGAAGACCAACAACUUUUACAUUUGAAACAUUAAAAUGAAGCAAAGUUGGGGUAAUUGCAUUUAUCAGACCAAGAAUUAUUUGGUGUGGUUCCAUCUGUAUAUUUCCUUCAAUGGCAGCUUGGUCACUAAUAGGUCACAAGAGGCCAUGACACAAAGAAGCCAAGAGUUAGUCUACCUUUCCUGUAGACAUGUCGGAGGUUAAUCCCGCCCCGCCCCGUUAUUGAACUGACUCGUGUCUCUUUCUUUGUAUUUGUUUAUAUAGUUUCUUCUUGCUUACUUUUAUCAUAGCAUGUCAAUGAAAUGACCAGUCACUUUUGGCAUAAUCUGAAGAUUAGCCCUAUCAAUACAGUGACAGACAGAAACACUAAGUGGCACAUGUGUAUGGCCUAAGCUAACUGUCACUAGUUAUCUUAAUCGGUCAAGGGGACUAUCAUUUCGGGCUACAUAAUGCCAAGCACACAGAGACUGCAAUUACUGUGAUUUUCUCCAUUCAAACUUCAAUGAAAACUUUAACCAUUUAGAACAUUUACUCCCAUUGGGCUUUGAUCUUAUUCCUUUUGUGCAGCAAUCUCUGAGCAUGAGAGCAGUUUACAUCAAAAGGCUAAUUUUGUUUCAAGUCACCCCGGAAAAGGGUUAUGCAGGGUUUAUUUGCUUUCAAGUGAUGAAUUCUGCGAGACACUUUGCAUUAUUUGACACCACUAGUUUACAUGUCCGUAAACAAUCUUGUUGACAGCCUUUCAACACGUGAUUUAUUAGAGGUUCUCAGUGGGGAGCAGUUUGUCAGUAAUGAUCUUGAACCUCUUUCUCUGAAGGUUUAUUUGAAGUGAGGUACAUGUGGGUAACAGAGGGGUUUUAAAAAGGUCCCUGGACGUCUUGUAAACCACAAGGAAAUGUACUAGCUCUGGGGCUGCAUAUCUUUGCAGAGAUUAUAAUAUCUCUUCCAUGUUCAAGGCCUCAUCUCUAUUUUAAGCAUGUGUGUGCUUGAGCUAGUAUUCAAUUUAACAUUAAUAGCCCAUAAUACUCCAAAAGCAGUAACACUUGACUAGUGAUGUUGCAUGAGAAUAAAAGGGGGGCAAAAACAUGCAAGGUCAAAUUGUUACCCCUCUCUGGAGUUUAACUGGUUACCCAGUAACUGUUUGACCUGUUGCUGUUUGCAUCAUCAAAAAAUAGCUAGGCAAAUCUGUGACUGUUGUGGUUUCCAUGAACUUUCACUUAAUAUUUACAAUGUCUUUUUUUUAUUGGUUAAUCUUGUGUAUGUUUGUCUGUGUAUAUUCAGUUUAUUUCUCAGGACGCUUUACUGUAACUCAUUGUUGACCAUAAUAUCACUUAGAUACAUAUUGACCUCAUAUUUUUUAUGUAUUAGGAGAUCGGGUGGAGAUUUCCCUUUCAUUGAAGAGUACAAAAAAGACAAUCCAUUUUGUGAACGAUUUCAUUGAAACAUAUGGAAACCUAUGUAUAUUCAUUCUUUUGGAGCUGUGCCUUGCUCCAAGGCUUAGAGGCUAGGCUGUGCUUGUUCUGAUUGAGUGUAUACACUUGUUUACUGUGAGGCUCCUUUUCGUAUACACGGGAGGAGGCUCGCAUAGGUCUGCUGCAUUAGGCGUAUCCAGUCUUCAGCCCUGAGGGUGGUUCAAGUUUUAUUUUUUUCUCUCAUGUAAAUAAGUCUGUCAUUCUUGAUAAGAUAGCUCCCCCAUUAGAUGCUAUGCAUCUCUUCGCCUUAUUAUGCAACCGGGGGAAGUAUUUAUUGCUGUUAAGUUAUUUAUUUAUUAUGGUUUUUGUAUUGGACUUGUUCUUACAAACAUCAGAUGUCUAUUAUUUAUGAAAUGGCCAUGUAAGAUUUGUUAUUCUUUUUUUUAAUGGAGCAAGAUCCUUAUAAAGCAACACUUCCGAAACAUUCACAGAGGGACAAUGAUUCAUUCAACUUCACAUCCAUCAAUAGCAUUCACAAACAGCACACCUGGGUCUGCUUUAUACACUUUCCACAGUCUCUUUCCUGUUCUUACUGGGCUCUUAAUAGAAAGUUAACAUGGUGCAAAUAUCACUGGCUAGGUCUCUUCCAGCUCUGCCACUCUCCCACAGUGCCAAAGCACAAAGCCAAGGGUGGAGAAACUGUGCCUGACAUCCCUGUCAUCAGGGACCAAACACCUCAGCCCAACCGAGGGCCAUGUCUAAUCUGAGUUAGUGCUUUACCAUCACAAGGAGCCUUGUUGUUCCACAGUUAAAUGUCAUUC